AUGCACGAACACCUUGGUCUUCACUUGCCUGGGUCUUCUAAUGCUCUGCCUACACCUCCGGCCACCCAGAGCUCAGGCCCAUCUGCAGGUAGCUCUUCGUCCAUUCUGUCCUCUGCGAGGCAUCAGACCACCUCCUCAUCAGGAGUUGGAUCCUCAAGACCAUCCACUCAAAGUGGCACAGUUGUUCCUCAGCCUGCACCCCAGCAGCAUCCAGCACAGACCACUAUGCCUAAUGCUCCCAAUCAGCAAGGAAUACAGUGGAAUGCGCAGCAGCAAGCUGUGCAGCUGCCAGCCCCUGCUGCGCAAGGGCAGCCUGCCCUUGCUCCAGCAGACGAAAUUGCUGUGCUACAAGCGAGGAUCGCUGAGCUCGAGUGGGGGAAUGCUCAUGGCAACCACACACCGGCCAGAGCUGCCCCCCCUCAUCAAGCCUUAGUUGCUUAG